CCACCAUUUCCUGUCACGCCCCCUCGCCGGCCCCGCCCUUUUCUGGCCUCAGGUCCCACCCAGGCCAGGCCCCGCCUCCUGCCCGCCCGGUUGCGUGUUGUGGGAGCGCUCCGCGGGCGCGGCGUUGGAGGACGCGGAGCUCGGUCAUGGGGUUCCAGCUGAACCCAGGCCUGCUGGCCUCCCUGGGGGUGGGGCUGCUGACUCUGCUCGGCCUGGCUCUGGGCUCCUACUUGGUUCGGAGGUCCCGCCGGCCUCCGGUCACGCUCCUGGACCCUAAUGAGAAGUACCUGCUGCGACUGCUGGACUCGACGACCGUGAGCCACGACACCAAGAGGUUCCGCUUUGCGCUGCCCACCGCCCACCACGUUCUGGGCCUGCCUGUGGGCAAACACGUCUACCUCUCUGCCCGAAUUGACGGCAGCCUGGUCAUCAGGCCAUACACUCCCGUCACCAGUGACGAGGACCAAGGCUACGUGGACCUUGUCAUCAAGGUCUACCUGAAGGGUGUGCACCCCAAAUUUCCUGAGGGAGGGAAGAUGUCUCAAUACCUGAACAGCCUGAAGAUUGGGGAUGUGGUGGAAUUUCGAGGGCCCAGUGGGCUGCUCACUUACAACGGGAAAGGGAAUUUUAGUAUUCAGCCUGACAAGAAAUCUCCAGCAGAGCCACGAGUGGCGAAGAGCCUGGGGAUGAUUGCUGGCGGGACAGGGAUCACGCCGAUGCUGCAGCUGGCCCGGGCCAUCCUCAAGGACCCUGAAGACCCGACUCAGUGCUUUUUGCUUUUUGCCAACCAGACGGAAAAGGACAUAAUUCUACGGGAGGACCUGGAGGAGCUGCAGGCCCAACACCCCAGUCGCUUUAAGCUCUGGUUCACUCUGGAUCACCCCCCAGCAGGUUGGGCCUACAGCAAGGGUUUUGUUACUGCUGACAUGAUCCGGGAGCACCUGCCCGCUCCAGGGGACGACGUGCUGCUGCUGCUCUGUGGGCCACCCCCCAUGGUGCAGCUGGCCUGCCACCCCAACCUGGACAAGCUGGGCUACUCGCAAAAGAUGCGCUUCACGUACUGAACGUCCUCUAGCUUCCCGGUCCCGCUCCUGCCCUGUCCCCAGUCAGUACUCAUGCUGUAAGCCCUAGAUUUCUUCCCGACAGGAUCGGCCUUUUGUCUUUCUCUGGAGCAGAAAUCUGGGUGGUACCUGCAGGAACGGCAUCCCUGUAGCCCUGGAAGCCACACACGCGUGUGCACGCGCACGCACACAACGCCUCAGGUCAGCCUGGGAAGCAGUCUCUUCCAUGGGCCAGAAAGAAGCAGGUACAUUUGCUCCAAGACGAGCCAGUUUCAUGGUAGAGUCACUCUCUUCUUAUGUCUGAUGAAAGGAACAGUCUGUGUCGUGGAUUUUACUUGCUGUUUGGUGCUUCACUCCUUACAGGUUCUAUGUGCCUGCUGAAUGGACUUCUAGAGCUAGUUACAGAGAUGGCAGGAAAGGGGGGUGGUUUCUGCAGACCUCAUAGGAGGGAAUCUGAAACAUGUAUUUGUGUGUCUGUCUGUCUGUCUAUGCCCUUGCCUGGGCUGGAGGGCAGUGGCUCUCCACGGGCUAAGACUGCUGCUUGUGGCAGGAACCUCUGCUAAUAAACGGGGCUGAGGCCCCAGUGUUUACCUAAA